AUGGACUUUCUUUCCACUGCGCCCAAGAAGGCAUGUCCUACUUACAGCUGUCAGUCAGUCAAUGCUUACGUUACGAUCACUGUAACUACUUUGGAACAGCACUUCCUCGGCCCACUCAGCCCAUCGGACAAGUCACCCGAAAUUGUCCCCCUCCGUGGCUUUUUUUACCACCAGAGAAAAGAAAGCAAAAAUGAUCAAAUCCUGUUGACAGCUUGUGCUUGUUUCUUCUUUCUUUCUGUCUUAGAUGUGCUAGAUGUGCAGCGAGUGCUCGGGCCUGAUGAUUGGGCAGGGGUAUCCAGGCGCCUCUGUCGAUCCUCUGAAUUUACGGGCAACUUUAAUCUCAUGACGAAGGUCUCAAACUCCCCAAUCACGAUGCCUUCAUCUGCUCGGAGAACUCCAUCGCCACACGUUGGAAUCGCCAUAGAUGUUGCGGUGCCUCUGGAUCACGCCCGGGAAUUAUGCCCUGUGUUGAUAGUAGAGGCAUUUCGAUGUAGUGAUGUUCCCCUUAGGCUCGCUUAUGGCCCACAGCUGAGUAAUCCAGGGACGUAUUAA